AUGCUAGAGAGUGUGCUCGGACGGAGGAGAUAGAUCGUGUGGCUGCUGCCACGUGGCGUCAAGUGCGGUCAAGUGGGCGGGUGCGGCGCGGCCUCCCAGCAGGUCUACAAGGUCCCCACUCACCAGUGGCGCGCCACACCCUUCUGGCCCCCAACCGCACUCAUCGCCAAGCACGGCCACCCACACCACGGCCAACCGUCGUCCCGCCUCCACUUCAGCUGGAACGGCGCCACCACCGUGAGGUUCUGGCGCGUCAUGGUGGCCAAGAAACGGGCCCAGAGUGCGUGGCGCAAGUUCUGGGAGGGCCCGAAACACCAGUUUGAGCAGUGGGUGGAUGUGCCGGAGACAAGCGGGGCGUGCGCGUUUUACCGGGUGGAAGCGCUUGACGGCAAGAGGCGGGUGCUGGGGGUGUCGAAGCAAGUGGCCACGGAGGGGUGCCGGAAGUGA